CCUAAACCUCGUGCUUCGAGCAUAACUGCUACGCCCAGACGGGUAACCACAGUGAAAUAGGUCUUCGUUCAAGGUGGUUCCCUCCGAAAAAUGGAGGAGAGAGAAGUGGCCAGUCUAAGAAGAUUUCUUCGAUGGGCAGCCGAGCAGGGGAUCACGGACUCUCUCUCAUCUACCACUCCAUCGGACUCUUCUUUGGGUCACUCCCUCUUCGUCUCCCAUUUUCCGGAAGCCGGAGGAAGAGGUUUGGCGGCAGCUCGUGACCUCUGCAAAGGGGAGUUGAUUCUCAGAGUUCCAAAGACUGCUUUGAUUACAACUGAAGUUUUGGCGAAUAACGACCAUUCUCUUUCUCUUGCUCUGCAAAGUCACACUUCUCUCUCUCCCACUCAGGUGUUUUUUAUGGAUCAAAGAUGGGAUACUGGCCAUUUCUUUGCUAAAUGAAGUAAACAAAGGGAAUAGCUCUCGGUGGUAUACUUAUUUAAAGCAAUUACCACGCAGUUAUGAUAUCCUUGCUGGUUUUCAUCCUGUUGAAAUACAGGCGUUGCAGGUAUUUUUCAAUGCUGUGAUCUAAAAUAGGUGUGGGGGGGAGAUAAAUAAUGUUCGGCUGAUGAUGCUAUCUGGGCUGCUGAAAAAGCUGUGCAGAAGGCUAAGCUGGAACUUAUGGAAGUUAGUGUUCUAAUGCAUGAAUUGAAGCUUAAGCAACAUCUAAUGACACUUAAGGCAUGGCUCUGGGCUUCUGCAACUAUAUCAUCCCGUACAAUGCACAUUCCUUGGGAUAGUGCUGGUUGUUUAUGCCCCGUUGGAGAUUUUUUCAAUUACGAUGCACCUGGAAGUCAUGGAGUAGAAAACUCUGAAGAUCUCUUUAAUGGCUCCGAUGAGCACUCAAUGACUACUGUUACACGGCUAAUUGAUGCUGAAUAUGAAGAAGAUCUCACUGCCUAUUGCUUCUAUGCUAGAAGAAACUACAGAAAAGGGGAACAGAUUCUUCUAAGCUACGGAACCUACACGAACUUGGAGCUUCUAGAACAUUACGGCUUUCUAUUGACGGACAAUCCCAAUGACAAAGCAUUCAUUCCAUUGGAACCAAACAUGUGCCAACUGUGUUCCUGGUCUAGUGAUUUGAUCCACAUUGGCAAAGAAGGGAACCCAUCAUUUGCCUUACUAUCCACCCUACGGCUAUGGGCGACCCCGCAAGACAUGCGGAAGUCCAUCAAGCAAUAUGUGUAUUCGGGAAAUCAACUCUCUCCCGAAAAUGAAGUUUCUGUUAUGGAAUGGGUUAUGCACAAGUGUGUAGUUUUGUUGGGAAACCUUCCUACGUCACUGGAAAGUGACAAGAACUUGCUCCGCUUUGUUGAGAACAUUCUAGAAUAUUGUAAAAUGGAGAGUGGAGAAAUGCCACAAGAGUUUAUAAAUUUCUUAGAGAGGAAGAAUUUGAUUGGAGAAAAAGCUUGUCUAAUUACUAGCUUAGCUAAAACGAGGUCUUUUGAGAGAUGGAAGCUAGCUAUUAAGUGGAGAUUGCACUUUAAGGCAAUGUUACAUAAGUGCAUUGAAUAUUGUACAAAGACACGAGAUAAAAUUUUUUCUCAAAAUAAUUGAACUUGUCUCUAGUUUGUAGCGUGCAGUAUCAUGUAAUGUAAUCAAUUGUGCACUUUGUUUCGCUUCA